AUGAAAGGUUCGUGGAGUUUAUACACAUCUGAGGGUCAUCGCAAGCUCUUCGGGCAGCGCGACUCGGACACUUCGGUCUUGGCACUUGCUGGACGCGAGGACACUGUGGUUACUGGUAGUCGGGAUGGACUGGUUCGAUUUUAUGCUCUCGAUGAGAGCAGCAAGUCUCCGGCGCUCGUUUCGAGCGCAAACAAUGGAAUUAAAGGAGGAGUCGCACCGGUGACAGCACUCACAAUCUCUUCUGACGGAAGCAUAGUCGUUGCUGGCGAUGCUGGUGGACUCCUCGCGCUAUAUAAUGUUCCCUCUGAGUCGUCCCGUGACGUUGCCGGUCCGCGGGUAGUCUUUGCCGAUCACCACAUGGAGGGUUGCGGUGUUACGAGGCUGGUGAAGGUCGACACAGAAACUGUUAUGUCAGCGUCUUUGGACAGCACUCUUGCGCUAUGGGAUAUCUUGGCUGCCAAGCGUCAUGCAGUUCUUCCUUGCGGGAGGGCGGCAACUGCUAUGGCCAUCUCAUCAAACAGAUCAGGAGUUUGUACAGGCCACGAUGAUGGCCGUGUUGCAUAUUGGGAUUUACGCUCUUCCAAGGAUGAGCUUGAACUCACUCAGCAGUACAGAACCCAUGAGCGUUCAAUAACAGGGGUUUCGUGGAACCCGACGAGUGACUAUCUAGUGGCCACGAGCUCUCUCGACGGGACCGUCAGGCUCUAUGACUCACGAUCGGCUCGAUUGCCGCUACAGAGAUGCGACCUGCCUCAAGACAUCGCGGUGACCGGCUGCACUUGGUGCAAUGACAAGGUUAUCCUCUCCUCGGGUUCGGAUGGUAAGGUCCGAACUCAUAUGAUCAAGCCUUCGCUAGUUGAGUGA